UAGAAUUGCAAAACGGAAGUGGUCCGCGAGUGAAUUUUGCGUAAUGAGUGACAGUAGAACGAACUAAAGAGAAAGAGAAAUGGCGCCUCAAUGCCAUUCUUACUGAGGCAGAGUACAGACGGUCAGACAGAUUAAACAAGUGAAAAUAAACGGACAAAUCAUGGUGAACACAAGAAAGAACUCUCGGCAUAAGCCGAGCAGUCCCUUCAUCUCGUCCAGGACCCGGUCUUCUGCCAGAAAUCCCUCCAACUCUGAAGAACAUAAGGAUCCCAGUAGUGAUGUGAGCAGUCCCAGCAGUCCUGGACUGUCCCCUCCCUCGAAGCGAACCCGUAGACAGACCAGCUCCAGCGACACCUCUCCCUCCCCCCAGGCCAAGGGCCAGAGGGUCUCCUGGGGCAUGCCCACCUACCGCACCAGGUUGUCAUCUGGCGCCCUGCAAAAUGGAAAUGCCCAUAAGGAGGAGGGGGCAGGAGACCACUCUCACAUGAAUGGCCAUGUUGACCGGAAGAGGAGCUGCCAAGUGAGGAAGAGCCAGUUUGAACACCUCAACCAGAGCCUGCUGUUUGACCAGCUCGUCAACAGCACGGCGGAGGCAGUUCUUCAGGAGAUGGACAACAUCAGCAGCAUCAGACAGAACAGGGAGGUGGAGAGACUCCGCAUGUGGACAGACACUGAGGUGGAAAACAUGGACAUGUACUCUCGUGUGAAGAGGAGGAAGGCACUGCGCAGGAACACCUUUGGCAUGCAGACACACCAUAAAGCCAUGAGCAAGACAGAAUCGGAAGAGGGGACUGAAGAAUCUCACGGUGAAGAAGAGGAUGAUGAAGCAGAGGAGGAGGAUGAUGAAAGAGACGAGACCGAGGAGGCUGGAGAGGGGAACGACAGACCGUACAACCUGAGACAACGCAAGACCGUACAGAGAUAUGAGGCGCCACCUAUUGAGCCCGUCAACAGAAAACAAAACAACCCCUCCCUGUUCGACACCCACAGAUCCCCAGCAAGGAGAAGCCAUAUACGAGUGAAGAAGCAUGCCAUCCACAGUAGCGACACUACGUCGUCAUCUGACGAUGAGAGAUUUGAGAGGAGGAAAAGCAAAAGCAUGACCCGGGCCAGGAACAGGUGUCUGCCUUUGAGCCUGAGAGCAGAGGACCUGGCCAGUGGGGUGCUGAGAGACAGGGCCAAGGUGGGAGCUAGCCUCGCUGAUGUGGACCCCAUGAAUCUGGACACCUCAGUGAAGUUUGACAGCGUAGGAGGGCUCUCCAACCACAUCCAGUCUCUGAAGGAGAUGGUGGUCUUCCCUCUACUUUACCCAGAGGUCUUCGAAAGGUUCAAGAUACAGCCCCCAAGAGGGUGUCUGUUCUACGGCCCACCAGGUACAGGGAAGACCCUUGUAGCGCGGGCUUUGGCCAAUGAGUGUAGUCAAGGAGACAAAAAGGUGUCUUUCUUCAUGAGGAAGGGAGCCGACUGCCUCAGCAAGUGGGUCGGCGAAUCAGAACGACAGCUACGCCUACUUUUUGACCAGGCGUACCUGAUGAGGCCCUCCAUAAUCUUCUUUGAUGAAAUAGACGGGCUGGCCCCAGUGCGCUCCAGCAGACAGGACCAGAUACACAGCUCCAUAGUGUCCACUCUGCUGGCGUUGAUGGAUGGUCUGGACAGCCGAGGGGAAAUCGUGGUGAUCGGUGCUACCAAUAGGCUGGACUCCAUAGAUCCUGCUCUACGGAGACCUGGACGCUUUGACAGGGAGUUCCUCUUCAACCUGCCUGACAGGACGGCCCGAAGACAAAUCCUUGAGAUCCACACGCGGGACUGGAAUCCUAGACUGGCUGAACAGUUUGUAAAUGAGCUGGCUGAGAAAUGUGUUGGUUACUGUGGCGCAGACAUCAAAGCACUUUGCACAGAGGCGGCCCUGGUGGCACUGCGGCGUUGCUACCCCCAGAUCUACGGCAGCAGUGUUAAGCUGCAGCUGGACGUCAGUACCAUCGUGCUGGGGCCUGGGGACUUCAGCCAUGCUCUGCGGACCAUCGUCCCAGCUUCCCAGAGAGCCCAGGCUCCUCCAGGCCGAGCCCUGGCCCCCAACAUACGCCCCCUACUAGCCAACACACUGGCCACGGUGCUGGAGGUCCUGCUCCGAGUCUUCCCCCAUGCAGAAACACGGCAUGGGGAGAGUAGAGGAGACGUUGACAAUCACCUGCUAGAGGAGGUCAGUGAAGAGGAGACGGAUGGAGCAGCUCCCUCCAUCUACAACCUCCAGCCGGGAUCCCCAAAGACACACACACACCCCUCUACGGCACAUACACCCGUCCUACACUUCACCAUAUCAGCCCUUCACCAGCCCACGUCGUACCGGCCUCGCCUGCUGCUGGCGGGUCCCCCCGGUUCGGGACAGAGUUCUCACCUGGCCCCUGCUGUGUUACACCACCUGGACAAGCUGUCUGUCCACCUCCUAGACUUGCCCACACUCUACUCUGUCAGUGCCAAGACACCCGAGGAGUCCUGCGCUCAGGUGUUCCGUGAGGCGUGUCGGAGCGUGCCCAGUGUGGUGUUCAUGCCCCACAUCUGUGAUUGGUGGGAUUCGGUCAGCGACACAGUGAAGAACACUUUCUUCUCUCUACUCCAGGACGUCCCCUCUUUCACCCCCCUCCUCAUCCUCGCCACCACAGAGAUGUGCUACACACAGCUACCACAGGAGGUGAAGUUGAUGUUCCAGACGACGUACGGGGAGGUGGUCAGUCUGUCUUCACCUGGAGAGGAGGACAGACGAAGGUUCUUCAUGGACCUGCUACUGGUACAGGCUGCUCGAGCGCCAUCCCACAGGAGACACAAAGCCCUGCUGUGUGAGGAGGUGCUUCCGGUAGCGGAGGUCCCUGGCCCCAGGGUUCUCUCCCACGAGGAACAGCUUCGCCUGGCCGACCAGGAGGAGAACACUCUGAGAGAACUGCGUCUGUUCCUCAGGGACGUCACCAAGCGCCUCGCCAUAGACAAACGCUUCAACAUCUUCAGCAAACCUGUUGACAUUGAGGAGGUGUCAGACUACCUGGAGGUAAUUAUUCAGCCUAUGGAUCUAUCUACGGUCAUGACCAAGAUCGACACCCAUAAAUACCUGACGGCCAAGAACUUCUUGGUGGACAUAGACCUCAUCUGCAGCAAUGCCCUGGAGUACAACCCUGACAAGGAGCCCUCAGAUAAGAUCAUCCGCCACAGAGCGUGCAGUCUGAAGGACACGGCGCAUGCCAUGCUGGCCUCAGAGCUCGACCCAGAGUUCAAUCGCAUGUGUGAGGAAAUCAAGGAGUCACGCUGGAAGAGGGACCUCCAGAUUCUGGAUGUGCCUCCUGUCUCCCUGGCUGCCGUGGUAACCACCAGGAAGCCGGCCGGAGAGGAGAACGCUGGGAGCAGCGUCGACAAGCACCACUGCAGCAGCAGCAAUCACAUAAAAAGGAAAGCACGUCGGCGGCCAUCUUGGGGGCGGGGCAUCAUUAGGAAGAAGAAGAACUACAAGAAGGGAAUGGAGGAAGAAGAGGAUGAAGGUGCGGAGCCUAAGCCGGAAACGGCAGUACCCAGCGACUCCUGUCUGACUCAGGACGAAGAGUCUUCCUGUGACACCAUGGACCCUCAGCCCAACGGACACCGCACACACCCUCACACAUAUGGCAUCUCCACGGAGGAGGAGAGCUCCAAUGAGGCCCCUAGGGGCCAGAGAACAGAGACAGGGCCCAAGGAGGACGAGACACCAACUACAGAAGACCAAGCCAAAUCUAUAUCCACAGACAAAGACCCCCAGUCUAAAAGUGAGUCUUAUUGUAAAGGUGAGGGGUCAUCAUCUAAAGAUGAAGGUUCCCAAGCCGAAAGUGAGAACCCCCAAGCCAAGCCUAAGGAGGAAGGUUUCCAGCCCAUGGGUGUUGAGAAGGUCCAGCCUAAAGACGACGAGGUCCAGUCCAAGACUGAGCAGCAGUCGUCAGUCCCCACGCCGGCCACAGCACCCCCUGUCCCUCGGGAGUGUGUGAACGGGAAUGAGUCCAUGGACAGCCUGGAUUCCCAGGCCCUCAAGAGCUCUGAGACAGAGUGGCCUACAGCGGUCGAAGGUGAAGCGUCAGAGGGGGAAGUGUCAGCGUCUGCAGUGAGCAGAGGAACUCAGGAACGCAGUCUUCAGGACGGGAGGACAGGAGACACGGAGACGGGCAAGGAGGAGCAGGACAGAGAAGGCUGCUCCAAGGGGAGGAAGUGUAGAACGAGACAAUCAGAGCAGUCAAAGGCAUCAACUGACGGGACAGAGGAGAGUCCACAGACCCCUCCACCACCUACACUAGUGGUCAAUCAACAUCGACUCACGGCCCUCUUGGACACAGUGGUACAGAAGAGUGAAGGCUACAGCGUGGAACGCUUGGAGAGACUCUUCUCUCUCCUCAGUCAGUGCAUCUACCAACACCGACUGGACUACGACAAGACACAGCUACAGGAGGAGAUGGAGAGGAAAGUCCAGAAUUUCAUUACAUUCCUGUGAGACAGCCAGGUUUACCCUGAACACACACACACAAGCGGGACAGAGACAAGCCUUUGAGCCAAGUACUUACACAGAGAGCAAAUAUAGAGCCCUGGUCUUAACAUGAACGACAGAACAGGGAGACUUUUCUAUGGUGCUAUAGUCUCAGGUACCCUGGUCGGACCCAAAUCCAGUCACAACCAAACAGACUCCUGGACACGCGCACACGAACGGUGAAACGGACAUUCCUGGUGCUAUUCAGGUGCUAUCCUAAUCCUUGCUGCUGUUGGGAGUAACUCGGAAACUAACCAACAAAACAGAUUGGGUGAUGUCAUAUCCCAACGACGGCCUACUUUUAAACUGGGCACACACACGUAAACUACAUAUGUGCUUAGUUGUGCACACACAGUAAUCCCAUUCACAGAUUGUCACCAGCAGUGUGAGUAUGUGCAGUUAGCUUGGAGGUUGAGACAGUCUCCUGUCUUGUCACCAUUGCUGAGCCCAUGUCAUCUCUCAGUACACUAGUGAAUCAAGAUUAUAGGCCAGUCAUCUCAUAGAUACAACAGCUUACAGAUCAUACUGAGUCAUUAAAACAGCUUGGUUUGAAUAGCCUCUGGAUCUAAUCAAUGAUGAUUUUUUUAUGUUUUUAUUAAUAUGGAUCUUUAUAACCACCAUUCUCGCUCCAAACAUUAUCCAAUGUUCAUUGAAAUGUUUUUAACACGACCAUACUGUAGGGUACAGUUGGCACUGCUGGGCUAGAAUCAAUUGCCAGCAUGUACAUGCAUUACAAAAACAUCAAAUCCCCAUGAAUAAGGGUGUUACUGAAAUGCAUCAAUGGGAACUGAGGAAGCAUUUGUUCGAGGUUUGCAGUGAACAUCAAAAUAACAUUAAUUGACAAGACUUUUCAGUCGUAGCAAACAGAUUGACGUGCUGCAUCACAGUUCUGUGUAAAAAAAUAUAUAUUCCACACAAGCUGUGCCCUGCUAAUUUUUAUUUCCUGUCAAUCCACACCUAACUGGAGUAACUCAAAUGAAAUUGGACACCUUUUGUAAUUCGCACUGCCUAGCAUGUGCUUUAUUUUAUCCCCAAUUAACUUUCCUAAAGAACAGCUGUUAAGGUUUAUCAACUGCUCUGUUCCAUGUAAUGCUGGAUGUAGAAGUUCCCCUUAACUAACCACGUAUCUAGGAUCAAAUGACAACUCUCAAGCCUAACUUUAACCUUGACAGUGGUGUUAUAAUAUCUGACCCAGGACCAGUGGAUAUAAGUCUACAGUAGGAAAGCAGAUCUACUGUCUUUUCCUGCCCACAUGAGUAAAAAUUGAUUUUAUUUUUACUUUCAUGUCAACGGAUGCCACAUUAGUCACAGCAAAAGUGGUGCCAAUUUUCCGUGACCGUUUUUAGUCGACAUUCGUAGGAAAACAAAUGUUAACUCUAUAGAUUUAGAUAAGGAACUUACAGUUGGCGAUGUAUUAUGUUGUGCAUUUGAUUCCUAAAAAAAAAAGUUUUUCUAUUGUAUGAUACAUUGAAAACGAUGUUUUGAAUUGUUUGUGAAGCUUCUGACCAUGAACAAGGCCAUUCAAGGCAGUGCCCUGUUGAGGUAUAAAACAACAUUCUAUCGUUUUAAUUAUUUUGUUGAUGCUUUUGAUUGUCUGUCUAGUGGGAGGGGUGUAAUUUGCUAUAGCCAGCCCAUCCAUGUUCACCUUGUGGUAAAGAUAUGCAUUUUUGUUUUUCAACUUUUUCUGGUCUUUCCUUGGCCAUGGAAGAAUCCAUGUUUUGACGAGAUGUGGCCAGCCUCAGUCUUUUACAUUCACAGUUAAAAGGUGGACUCCGAUAUGACAUGGUUGCAGAAAGUAAACCGCAACAAUUAAAAGUGUUAAAGCACAAGGCUCAUCUUCUCCACUGUUUUUGUGCUGUGAAGCAGAUACUGUGUGUGAGCACAGUCCUGCGUCUCACUCAUCUCAAUAUCUGUGGCAGUGGAAUUUGGCUGUCUACCUUUUAAUGCCAGGGUUCUUCAGGUCCUGGAGAACUACUAGGCAUGCAGGCUUUUGUUCCAACCAAAUCGUCAUGGUGUUCUUCAGGCUUGACUACGAUUGGGCAGUAACAGAAUCCUGUAUGCCUCGUAGUUCUCCAGGAUAGGAGAGCCCUGCUUUAUGCUGAUCCUAACUCCACAUCUGCCUUCUCUUGGAGUGCCAGGUGAAGAUUUAACAAUUAAAAUAAACAUAUGCAAACUAGCAUUGGAAUACUGCAGAGAUAGAGAAACAAAGCUACCUCAGCUUAAUUUAUUUUAAUGCUAAUAAGACAAACUGUUUUACUGGGCGCAAACAGUAUUUUGCCAUGUUCUAAACUAUUGUCGCAACACUCAGUACAGCUAAGGUACUGUAUAAUCAGCACAAGUUCUGUGGAUGCUGCGGUAACCCAACAGUUUGUUUGGUUGGUUCUCACCUUUUUCAGUUUUUUUUGUCUAUAUUGCAUUUGAGCCGAGACAAAACAUACAGCAUUUAAUUUCAAGGAAAUGUCAAACUGUAUAUUUCAGUUCUGUAGACCGAGACGUCCUAAGAUUGCUUUCCUUUCAGAUUGUACUACACAUAUUCGCUAGUGUUGUCCAUCAAGCCACAAUCUCUGUUUUUUUUCUUCAUUUGAGGGUAAUUGUUUUUGUAGACUUAAAUCUCUUUCUCGUGGUGAUUUAAAUUUGUAUUUUAUUUAUUAAUAAUUAGACAUGUUUUUACGUCUAUCCAUUAAACAAAUUGGCAAUAGUUGUUGCUCAGUUAUGAGUUUAGUGCUGAAGUGAGGUAGUGGACUAGCGUGUAUUGGAGAAUAAACAAGUUUACAGGUGUCUCAGGUUUCUUCAGGCUACACAUGACCUUUCAACUUUCCUAUUUAUUCCAGUGUGGUGUUUGUUUUUCUUUAGUUUUGUGGUUAUGGACUGUGAGAUACUGGAUGAGGCUAACGUUGACUUAAUGGAAUUUUUACAUCAAAACGAUAGUGUGUUGGUAGUGUAAAUCUUAUUCACGUUGCUGACACAAUUUGGCAAGCAUCUUAUAAAAUAACAUCUGCCAAAGUUUGUCAGCAAUUUUUGUUCCUUUUAAGAAUUGGGUUUCAAAAUGUCAUACAUUGUUUUCAUCCUCUCCUUGUUCUUGUCUAUACAAACAACCAAUUUUUGUCUGGUAGUUAAAGAUGAUUUAGUCCAGUAUGCACACAAUUUUCCAUCACUACUUACUGAGUUUCUCGUGUGGGAUUUAUUUAGUAGAUGUUGUUUUCGUAGCAUCACCAUGUUUAAUGAUUUCUUCUUGAGGUUAAAGUUUAUUGAACAUCCUCUUCCCCAUCAAAUGUUACUUUGGUGCAAGUUAUUUGAGAGAAACUUUUACUGUAUUUUUAAAAACUGCUGUGAUAUACUUGAAUAAAGGUGCAAAUUGUA